AUGCCGGCGAAGAAACUUAUAACCUCUUCUUGCUUUGGAAUCGCAGUUCUGGUGGCCCUCAUCGCCUUUCUCCUCAAAUUUAACACUCAACAGAAAUUAUUCACUGCUGAAGAACUGGCAUUUUACAAUGGAACCGAUGAAUCAUUACCCAUACUCUUAGGAAUUUUGGGUUCUGUGUUUGAUGUAACAAAAGGAAAAUCUCACUACGGCGCUGGAGGAGGUUAUAAUCACUUUGCUGGAAGAGAUGCCUCCCGUGCUUUUGUUUCUGGAAACUUUACAGGAGAUGGACUCACAGACUCAUUGCGAGGUUUAUCGAGCACUGAGGUCCACAGUGUAGUUGGAUGGCGGGACUUCUACUUCAAAAGCUACAAAUUUGUUGGAAGGCUUGUAGGUCGCUACUAUGAUAGCCAAGGAAAUCCCACAAAAUACCUGAAGGGAGUAGAAGCAAAGGCUGCUAGAGGAGCACAACUUAUGGAGAAACAAAAAAAUAUGGAAGCUAAACAACCCAGUUGCAAUUCAAGAUGGAGUCAAGAUGAUGGUGGAGAGGUUUGGUGCGACGAUGGCUUCCCAAGGUUGGUCCAGAGACCUUUAGAAAUUGCUCUGACGGGAAAGAUGAGCAAGCGAUGUGCCUGCUUUAACGAAGAUCAACUUGGGCAGCCAGGGCUGGAGAUCUAUAACGGAUGUGAUUAUCUUGCCAGGAGAUGCCGAGUUUAAGCAAUAAUAGAAGUCACUUGUAGAUUUAAGUUUUGGAAGAUCUGAUGAACAGUUCCAAGAUAGAUUGCAGAACAGGGAAGUAUACCCAUGUUUUCUGGUUGCUCCAUUUCACCAAUCCAUAGUGGAUACAGUUUGGUAAGUUAGGCUAAAAUCAGAGUUAGCGAUAACAUAGAUGUCUCGUACCCAAGUGCAGUUGUGAAAUUUAUUUUUGGUUGAUAUUGUUGUUGUUUGUUUA